CUCACGUGAUAUAAGAUAAGUCAAGCGGCUAUUUCGGCCUGGAGGGAGGCAGGUCCAGUUUAGGCACAGUAGAGAGAUUAGCUCAGCACUGUGCUGCAUGUCGUCGUUAAUCCUCCAUUUUCUCCCAUCUUCCUGUAGUUUUCGCCCUCUCUCUCUUCUCCAUGGCCAGCAUAGCGGGAGCCGUGCCUCUACCGGAGCUCUGCGCCGACAAUUGCGCACUUGUUGACGAGGAGCAAUUUCAAGCUCUUGUCCGGAGGGGCCGCAGUUUAACAGACAAGAUCCUGCUUUCCAUCCCGGACGCGCACACAUCGUGCAUCCAUAUCGAGUCUCUUCAGCUGAACUCGGACAAAAAUGCCAAGCUCGGCACAGUGGCAUCCAUCAUCAACAUUCCUGCUGCUCCUGUGCUGAGGACUGCGUCAGAAAAACUGGAGAACAGCCUGGGACGCAUGCACGAGGGCCUUCAGCUGCAUCGAGCCUUGCUGAGCACUGUCUCUCCUCGGUUACAAAACACACAAACAGUGACAGACCUAAUGGACGAUGUCAGAGAUCUUGCCAUUCAAGUUAGUAUGAUGCUGAAAAUGCUCCAGACAGAAUACGUCAUGCAGACACCACCACCCAGUGUUACAUUACAUCUACCAGCGGAAUAUGAGGUUCAGGUGGCCGCCCACCUGACGCUGGUCCGGCUUCAGUCUCUGAGCCAGGACAUGGCCCACUUCUUCAGUAGUCUAGACCACAGCAAUGACGAAACAUAUCUGCAACCUGACACAUUUUAAUCAACCCUGCUUUGUUUUUGCUUUUAUAACUGGAAGUAUUUAAUGGUUAUUAUUGAUUUAUUUUUUUAUUUACAUAUUUAUUUUUUUGGUCAGUCCUAGUAUUUAUUUUACGUAUUUAUUUAUAUUUAAAUGUGCUAAAAUGACUUGUUGCCUUGUGUCUACAUACCAAAAUGUGCCUGUCUCAAGACAAUAAGUUCUAUUUAUAAUUUAUGACAAUAAAAUACUAAUACUUUAUUCAGUAAGUAUUUGAUUCUCAAUAGAUUCUUAUUAGACAUUAUGAGGGACGCUGAAAUACUAUGUUGAGUGAAAUGAUGGAAUAUUUUUGUAAGGAUGCCAAUAUUUAUAAUCUGUCCUUCAAUAAACAGUUUUCUUAAUUCCUCCCUUUCCAUCAGUAAGCAACCAUCACUCAAACAUUCUCGUUAAGGUCCAGCUGUGAUUACUAACUGAAUCGAGAGCGAAGGAGGUUCGUGCCUUACUACUCUUGCAGAGGAAGUGUUGUAACCAAUGAAUGACAGUUGGUGACCAAAUGCGUCACAGGAUGACCAAACGCUCCCUCACAGUCAUGCGUUUGCUAACAUGUGACAGACAGUUCACCUGACUCUGGGAUGAUGUAAACAAUGAACAUGUAUGAGCAAACACUUUUCUUUAAUUAUUAUCAUGAUAUCAAAAGUAGUUCACAAAGUGUAAAAUAUAAAAUGCCCCACUAUUCAGACAUAUAAGGUGUUACAAGGCAGCGAUGGCUUUGGCCGCCACUCUUCUCCCCAGCGGCAGACUUAGGUCAGUGACGGCCAGGACCACUUUAGGUUUGGCCAGAGCGGGCAGCUUCACCAGUUCAGGAACCUGAAGGCACAGGAAAAAGAGAAAUGAAUGAAUGAAAGUACUGUGUUGCACAACAAUCGAAAAACAAGUCAACUCUUAUUUUGGGGAAGAUGCAGAAGUUGACCCUUAAAUAAGUUUUAGGACUUUGGACAU